AUGGCCACUGUCCAGCUCGGUGCGACUGAGGAGGCUUACAGCAGAGCCAUUGAGCUCUACAAAGAAGCUUACCCCAAUAACCAAACCACGCUCUCAAAGCUCCAGGGAACAUAUAGGAUCAAUGAUGUCGUGGAAGUGGUAGCAGCAGCUAAAGAGAAAUACGACCAGCGGACGAAGGGUUCCAAGGCGCGAAAGUGGCUGUCGUACUUCUCUUCCCAAGUCACAUACUAUGGCCAGGUCUUGGACGUCCUGGCUCAGCACCACCCUGAGUAUGUCUCGCUGGCCUGGGGAACCAUGAAGUUUGUGUUUAUUCUGGUGCUCAACCACGAGGAGAUGGUCACUGAGCUUUCGCGAGCCAUGUCCGAAAUUGCCGACGUGCUUCCACGGGUUGAAAUCCAGCUCGAUGUUUUUAAGGAUGAAAAGUCCAUCAGAGUGGCAGUUGAAGAGCUUUAUGCCGAACUCAUUAAGUUCCUGUUCCGCACCCUCAAAUGGUAUGAGCAGAGCCCGUGGAAGCAUGCUUUCACUGCCUUUGCCGCACCUUUCAAGCUCCGCUUCGAGGACUUGAAAACCAAGAUCAACAGGCAUGCGCGGCGAAUCGAUAAGCUUGCCACCGCUCUAUCUCAGGCGAAGUUGGCUGCGAUGCACCGUCAGCUCCAGAUACUGCUCGAAGUCCAAAAUAGUACAAAUACUUCCUCCAAGCACUCCGAAGAAUUCUUGAAAAGACUUGAGCCCAUGAUUGUGGAAAUCAUCUCAAGCAUGACCACGUCUCCAAGCUCCUCCUUCAUCAUCGUUGAAGGAUCCGCUCCCAGCCGCUCUCAAACAAAAGACCUGGCCACCGGACUCAUCAGCGUGCUACGAGAAGCGGGGAAACCUACCGUCUGGGCAGUCAACGGCAGGGCCGCCCUACAACCCAGCGAAGAAGACUCGGUCCACGUUUUGAAGCAUCUCUGCAGCCAGGUCCUCCAGGCUAACAACAAGCAAGCAAUCCGACAGGUGUCGAACCACUUCAACGCGUCCAGAGUCGAAAGCGCUGUCACCGAGUCGGAUUGGCUGCAGAUACUGCAGGAGAGCCUGACAGGACUGCCGGAGCUAUUCGUAGUCGUGGAUCUGGAACUAUUCGGCGCCGCUUCCAGUAGCAGCAGUAGCAACGCUCAGGUUCUGCUUUUCCUGCGCGCUCUUAAAGCGCUUCUCACAAACCUACAAAGGGUGCCCGUAAAAAUUGCCGCUUUCACCUUCCGUCGACCGCUCCUCAGCGCGUUGCGUUCGGAUCCCCGAGAAGCGACAAUUGUACCGUUGGAGCAGAAGAGAUCAGCGGCAGCUGGCAGUCGAUCGCUGCGGAGCAAAGGCGGGAGAAAGCAGAAAAACGCGCUUCCGAAUAUGUUUAAGAACAAGUGA